AUGAAGCAGGCUCUGAUGGAAGUCAUGAGGAUGAACAGGAUUUGCAGGAUGGUCUUGGUCACUUGCUUCGGAUCCUUUAUCCUGGUCAUCUUCUAUUUCCAAAGUAUGUUGCAUCCAGUAAUACGUAGAAAUCCAUUUGGAAUGGACAUCUGUUGUCGGAAGGGGUCAAGAAGCCCGCUCCAGGAACUGUACAAUCCCAUCCAGUUGGAGUUGUCUAACACAGCAAUCCUUCAUCAGAUUAGGAGAGACCAAGUCACAGAUACAUGUCGAACCAACAGCAUGUCUAGCAGGAAACGCCGUGUGCUGACACCCAACGAUCUCAAACAUUUGGUGGUGGAUGAAGAUCAUGAAAUGAUCUAUUGUUAUGUACCCAAGGUGGCCUGUACAAACUGGAAGAGAGUCAUGAUGGUCUUGACAGGAAGGGGCAAAUACAGUGACCCCAUGGAAAUACCAGCCAAUGAAGCCCAUAUAUCCUCAAACCUGAAGACCCUCAACCAGUACAGCAUUCCAGAGAUCAACCACCGCUUAAAAAGCUACAUGAAGUUCCUGUUUGUCCGUGAGCCUUUUGAGAGACUGGUGUCAGCCUACAGGAACAAGUUCACCCAGAAGUACAACACCUCCUUUCACAAGAGAUACGGUACCAAAAUUGUGAGGCGCCAAAGGAAAAAUGCCACCCAGGAGGCUCUGCGUAAAGGUGAUGAUGUGAAAUUCGAGGAGUUUGUGGCAUAUCUCAUUGACCCAAAUACCCAAAGAGAAGAACCUUUCAAUGAGCACUGGCAAACUGUCUACUCCCUCUGCCACCCCUGCCAUAUCCAUUAUGACCUCAUAGGAAAGUAUGAAACACUUGAAGAUGAUUCCAAUUACAUCCUUCAACUUGCAGGAGUAGGCAGCUACCUGAAGUUCCCCACCUAUGCAAAGUCUACGAGAACUACUGAUGAAAUGACCACAGAGUUCUUCCAGAACAUCAGCUCGGAACACCAAACACAACUGUACGAAGUCUACAAACUUGAUUUUUUAAUGUUCAAUUACUCAGUGCCAAGCUACCUGAAACUGGAAUGA